UCUCACAUCGUCUAAUCAGUUUAACCCACGGACUCACAUCGCACAAACACUUCAUGAUGGCCACCUUGAUAACCUUUUCGAUGGCACUGGCCAUCAUUGUUGCAGCAUCGGUAGCAAUGCCACCUCCUGGCGGAAAAAUCGUCGGAGGCCAAUUCGCCGAUCGCCAUCAAUUUCCCCACCAGAUUGCGCUGUUCUUCGAAGGUCGCUUCCGCUGUGGUGGCUCCAUCAUCGAUCGCAAAUGGGUCCUCACGGCUGCCCAUUGUAUUUUGGACGAGAUGACUCCACUUCCAGCAAAGGAUAUGACCGUGUAUGCUGGAUCCGCCAAUCUCGAAGAAGGAGGUCAAUUCUUCACGGUGUACAAGGCCUUUGCCCACGAAGAGUACGGCGACAGCAAAAACGAUAUUGCUUUGCUUCUGCUGGAUGACGAAUUUGAAUUUGAUGACACCGUGAAUAAGAUCGAACUGUUCAGUGGAGAGUUGAAAAAUGGUGACGAAGUUACCAUCUCGGGCUUCGGGCGCGAAGGCACGGAAUUGCCCGCUUCUGAACAGUUGAAAUUCAACUCGAUGUUUGUACAGCAAGAUGAGGUGUGCGAAUAUUUGAUGGCGCAAACCGGGCCAGGAUUGAUCUGUCUGAACAAUGACGCCCAUAACGGAGCAUGCAUGGGUGAUUCCGGUGGUCCAGCUGUAUUCGAAGAUAACCUGGUCGGAGUGGCCAACUUUGUGCUGAACGAAUGCGGCACCGUAUAUCCGGAUGGCUACGCCAAGGUUUCCUUUUACCGGGAAUGGAUCGAUGGAGUGAUGAAGCAGUAAAGAUACGGGAAGCGCCAAUAUAACGUUUAUGUGCAUUCCCUUUAUAGGGCUUCUCCAUUGUUGGAAACACUUGAAAAUGGCUGGCAAUAAAGUGUUACCACGUUGCAACAAGUGGUGUGACUAUAAUGAAA